AUGAAGUUAUUCUCGUCUUCCAUUAUGCUCCUAGCCUCUGUUGCCAACUCUAUGCCAUUCGACGAGAGAGAUGCAUCCUCCUUAGCAGUGAACCUGGAGAUGAUUGGCAACACGCUUGUUAAGGCGACGAUCACCAACAAUGGCGGAUCUGAUCUGAAGCUGUUCAAGACCGGUUCACUGAUUGAUCCUGAUAUCCAAACCGAGAAGGCUGAGAUCUUCCAGAAUGGCGAGAGCAUUGACUUUGAAGGCGUUUAUGUCGAAAUCUCUAUGGAGGACGUGGACGACACCGACUUUGAAGCUCUUCGCGUUGGGCAGACCCUUGAGACCACUUUCGAUGUCGGUGAAACCCACAACCUUGGCGCCGGCGGCAACUUCUCUCUGAUCUCUACUGGAUCCUUCUUGUACGCUCUGCCCGGGUCCAACGAGAUCGCAGGCGUGAUCCAGUUUACCAGCAACACCAUCAACACGCACGUGGACGGUGCCGCUGCCUCCUCCAUCCAUCAGGGUUUCGCCCUUCGCGCACGUCACAUCCUGGUGCCCGGCUGCCAGGGGGCUAAGCGCGCGGCGGUGAGCCAGGCCAUCGGAAUAUGUCGAAAUCGCGCGCGUCGAGCCGCCGCCGCCGCUCGCUCCGGACCUGCCGCCAGGAUGAGGGAGUACUUCAAGUCGGCCGCUCCUGUGACUCGCAACCACGUCGCUGGUAUCUUUGACCGCAUCGCGGUGGCUUGCAGCAGCAUCAACUCAGGGGGUGCCCACUACUACUGUGGCGACCCGAGGGGCGUCUGCGCUAGACGCAAUGCGGUAGCCUACGCCGUGCCCAAGCUGGGAAUCAUAGGCACCUGCCCUGGGUACUACCAAAAGCAGCUUCAAAACAACCAAUGCCAUUAUAGGGACCAGGCCUUCGUCACGCUCCACGAGACGGGCCAUCUGUUCGGCCUCAAGGAUAUCAAUAGGGCUUACAGCUACGAACAAACCCGGGCUCUUUCAGCAGCUCAGAACCUUAGACACACCAACUCGUACAGUUACUUCGCCAAAGCUCGAUAUGCCGGCUCUGCUCGUGCAUCCAUCGACCGUAUCGUCAAGAGGCUUGAGGCUGCAAAUACCGUUGCUUAUGAGGAUGUUGCUGAUGCUAAGAUAGGGCGCCCGCAGCAGCUCACGGAGGAAGAAGAAGAAGCUAUCGUAUCUUAUAUCAUCUGGAUGCAGAAGUCAGGCCUGCCUGCCGCGAAGUGGGAAAUAGAGGAUGCAGCACUCACUCUGCGCCGCCGCCGUGAUCCUGAUGUGACACGUCCAGGUCGUAAAUCACCCCAGCCCGUAACCACGAUUGCAGCACUUGACACAUUCCUAUAA